AUGAUCCGAUGCCCGGCACAGAUUGAACGCAUUGACAUCACUGAAAAGUAUGGGUGUUUACUGUGUCGUCUGUUAACUAGUGUAAAUAGUUGUAAAUUUUUAGAUUUUAUUCCGUUGCAAUCUGUCAAAGAGGCAACAACAAAGAAAGAAAGUUCUUGGGACGAAAUGAAUGAGAGUUUUCAAGAAAGUGAGGGGGAUUCUAACAAAUCAAAGAAACAUACUAAGGGUGUAGAUUAUCCAUUGGAUGUAUGGUUUAUUAUAUCCGAAUAUAUUAGACCAGAGGCUGUGGGAAAAUUUGCUCAAAUAUGUCGAAGUUCUUAUCAUGUGGUAACAACGGGGAAAUUUUGGUUUCAUCUGUACAAGACGUAUGUUCCUGGUUUGCCGGAACGUCUACAACCACAAUGCAUGGUUCGUCUGUAUGGACUUCGUGCUUGCGUUAUCAGAACAUUACAUUACACUUAUUUUUCCUUAAACAAAAAGGACGAUGAUGUGUCUUACUUAAGACAAGACCAGCCACAUUCACUUGUAAAGAGGCAAUGCUGUCUUAUGUGGCACAAAGAGGGAAAAUUGCGGUGGUAUUUCUAUUUCAAAUUAAAAGAGUUGCCAAAAGCCAAUAACAAGUCAUUGAAAUUGAGAACGAAAAUUAACGGCAAGAAGACAGAUUUUCUUGAAAUGUUGGAAGAUGUAGCUGUGAAUUCAGAAGAGGGUUGCAAAAUACUUAGGGUGACUUGUUUAAAAUACAGUAUGUUGCCGCCUGUAAUUGGCUUGAUCUUGCAAUCAGUGUCAAUGACAUUGAUGCCCGGUUUUAAAGAUCAUCGAUUGCAACUCGGAUUUGGAACAUCAGACGUUCCUAAUACACUAACAAACCAAGUCAUUUUGAAUGAUGUUGUUAGCUAUCAAAUUUUAGACUGGUGGCAUCCGACUUAUCCCCACCAGGAUUCAAUAACGACUAUUCAAUUGCCACAAAGUGAUUCUUGGGAUCAGAGCUUAUUAUGA